UCCUUAACGGAAAUAUGCCGAUGACGCUAGAACGCGCCAAUCGGAUCUCACUAGUUGCUUGUUCUGCCCACUUUGGGUCAUUUGUUCCCUUUGAAACGAAAGGCUGUGGUCUAUAUUUGGUCUAUCUUUGGUUUAGAAAAUCUUUGCCCUCCCUGUACCGGACAGAUUCGACGGACCAGACUGCAGAACGAAGGCGAUUGAAAGUAACGUUAUUUGAACACAAACUGAAAGAUUAUUCGGUGUAUGCCAAAGAUGGUCAGACAUCACUCCGGACCCCCUCGGUUGAAGCCCAGGUCCUACUCGGAUAGCUACAACAACAUGCCACACGAAGAGCAUUACAGCUCUCAUCUCAGGAGUCAGAGAGGAUUCCGGGGCCACCCAGGAAAUGCCCCUCCAAGCUGGAGAGAUUCCAGAGGCAGAGGACACGCUCACUUUGCCAAAAGUCCCACACUGAUGGGAGAACGGCGGGAGCGACAAUUCAAUCAGGGGAGGUCCCAAAACCAGGAUUCCUUCAACACAUGCCCCUCUCAAUCGGAGCCCCAUUAUGGCCACAGGAGGGCACCUCCUUCCAGGCCUAACCGUCCUCCCCAAGCCCAGCAUAGGUCCUCCCCACACAGUCCUGCACAAUGGCACCAGGGCCAGAGGGGAGCACCUAUCCAUGGACAACACCCAGGUCACAGAUCACCCUCACCACACCAUUACCAUAGCCAACCCCCUGACAGGAGGCUGCCACCCUCACCAUCCCCCCACAGUUCCUUCAUGGGCCCCCACAAGCACCCAGGUCCUUCCCAUGAAGAGGAUAGGAGCUGGGGUGCCCGGCCGCACCAUAGCCCCGGGAAGAGGUUGUUUGAGCACCCAGUUCGUGGGCGGAAGCGCUGGAAUGGGCCAGGGCCCUUUCCCCACCCACACAAUAGUGAACGUGGACCUUCUGGCACCACCCAGAAAAAGCCACGGGAGUUUCAUGGCAGAGGCCCAUAUCCAGAGAGGUACAGGAGUGAAGAGGCAGUAUGGGCUGGGUGGUCUGCUGAGCGAGAUCCCAGGCAACAGCAUGGAGUGGUGGGAAGGGAGAGGGAGGGCAGCGGACGCCACAGCCCUGAGUGGGCACAGGAAGGCAGCUUUCACCACCCUCCCCACAGAUCCCCCGCAUGGAAAGGCAUUUCAUCUUCUUUCUACCAGAACAACCCGCAGGAAAGACCAAGUGGUCCACCACACAAGCGGAAGUUCCAGGAGUGCGGACCAGGCCUUGGUCUGGAGCAUGGUCAUCCAAAGUGCCCUCGAAGAGAGAUCCCACAAUACUUCUCUAGGGGAUUUGGCGGCCGUCCCUUGUCUCUCAUGGACAAGAGUCGCUUGAUGAAGGGGCGUACAAUUAGAGCGGAGUCGGUGAUGCAGCUCAAAGCACCUCCAAUUCGACCCAGAGGAGCAGAUAUCAAGAACCAGGAAGAGGAAGGUCCGCAUGCGUCCAGAGCAUAUGCACGAUCCAAGUUCGCUGUUCGGCAGGAGCGUUUCCAAGCAAAGGCUGUGCCACUGAGGAAGAGGCCCAUACCUUAUCAGUCACCUGCCAAGUCUUCCAGGAACUCUGAGUCACACAAGGAACAUGUGGACUCUCAGCGCGCCUUGAGCACACACAGCUCUUCCUCUAUAGACCGACGGUUGGCUCGUGACCUAGUCGUCGUGUCCCAGUGGCAAGCACCUGGGACAAACUCCAGCUCAAAGGACAGCCCCCCAAGGGAUAGAAGUAGACCACCACAGAACAAAACAGAGCCCUAUUACAAUUCUGAUGAACAACUUACGCUGAAUGAACGCUUCUCUAAAAUUCAGGACUCCAGUCCUUCCCCUUCUCCAAGAGACUGGAGAUAUGCAGAAAGGCAAACGGACAUUCCACAGGAGAAACACACACCUGAAAGACCCUUCAGGAAUCCAAGACCACCGCAGAGACCCAGCUUCUGUCCCAGCAGCCCAAAUCAUAAACCAGGUCCUCCUCCCCAGAGAAAGCCAGGCCCUGAACUGCCCGGUCCCUUUAGGAAGCCACACAUGGGAGGCUUUGUGCCACGUCCCUUCUCUCAGAGGCCAGUGUUCAGGAAGAGCCAGAGCAUCCUGUCAAAAUACCGCAACAUGCCGACGAUGCGUCAACGUGUACCUCCCAACAGAGGGUCGUAUUACCGCCGCUGGUGAUCAAACUAGAGGGACUGACUGCACAGAUCGGGGUUACGUGCCCUGGCCUUGUGCUUUGGGCUGCCUCUUUGUCUUGGAGAGAUUGUCCCCAGAUGGAACUGUCCCUGUGCCCAUCAGAAAAACCAGACAUAAAAUGUUUAUUUUUAUUACGCUGUGUUUUAAAUAUAGAGAAUAGGCCGUCUGUUUCUAUUCUUCCGGACUAGUUUUUAUGGACAUGGUUUUGUGAUUUCACAACUGUGUUACAGCUCUCAUAAUAUGUAAAUGAGACUUUUCUUUUUAUAUUUUCCAGCACCACUUUUUCCCCGAUGCUUAGAUUCUUUUGUAUGCUUUUAUUGUAAAGUGGCCUUUUAAAGACUAUUCCACAGGGGCUGUUGAAUAUGAUGCUUUGUCAAAAGUGUGUGGUCAAGUUUUUAUGAUUCUCAACCUGUAAAAACUACUGAUGCCCCCUGCAUGUCCUGCUCAUUUGUUUUAAGGUAUUUCAAAUAAUUGGCUGGACGUGCCUUGUGUGGAGUUUUCUCUUCUGCCGAAGGAGGCCCCGUAGGACAUUUUUGGGAUGUACCUUCCAUGGGACUGGGGUGAUCUAGUUAGCAUUUCACAUUGAUUAAAAUUCCUUUUGAACUGAA